GCGCCCCCCCUGCGGAAGUAAGACAAAGUUCACCCUGAUAGCUGUUAACACUCUAGUCGUUGCCCUGCUGUCUUUGCAUACUACCAGCACAGUUUUGAAUCUGGACACAAAGUUAAAAUCCAGAACUACUUCAUCAUGUCUGUGCCUUUGGUUUUCGACGGGAAAGUUGUUAUUGUCACUGGGGCCGGUGGAGGACUUGGGAGAGAAUAUGCUUUGGCUUUUGGUGAGAGGGGUGCCUCAGUAGUUGUUAAUGACCUUGGAGGAGAUAUUAAAGGGGGAGGGAAGAGCUCUGAUGCUGCUGAUAAAGUCGUGGAAGAGAUAAAAGCCAAGGGAGGCAAAGCAGUGGCUAACUAUGAUUCUGUAGAAGAUGGAGAGAAAUUGAUCCAGACUGCCCUGGAUGCUUUUGGGCGAAUAGAUAUUGUUGUUAAUAAUGCUGGGAUACUUCGGGAUCGUUCCUUUGGCAGAACGAGUGAUUUGGAUUGGGACCUCAUCCAUAGAGUCCACCUGAGAGGGUCCUUCAUGGUCACUAGAGCUGCCUGGAACCACAUGAAGAACCAGAAGUUUGGGAGGAUCAUCAUGACUUCAUCGGCUGCUGGCAUCUACGGCAAUUUUGGGCAGGCGAACUACAGCGCGGCGAAGCUGGGUCUGCUGGGAUUGGCCAACACCCUAGCCAUCGAGGGCCAAAAGUACAACAUCCACUGCAACACCAUCGCCCCGACCGCAGGCUCACGCCUCACAGAGACUGUUAUGCCCCCAGAUCUGUUGGAGUCCUUGAAAGCAGAAUACGUGGCUCCCCUAGUUCUGUGGCUGUCUCAUGACCAGUGUCAGGAAAAUGGAGGCCUGUUCGAGGUUGGUGCUGGCUGGAUUGGAAAAUUGCGCUGGGAGCGUUCACAGGGCUGCAUUGUGAGGAACAAGAACCAGGGCAUGUUUCCUGAGACUGUACGAGACCAGUGGGACAACAUCUGUGACUUCACCAAUGCCACCAAACCUGCCAACAUAAAUGAGUCCUUGGCCACAUUGGUGGAGGUGCUGUCAAGAGUGGAGACUGAGGGAAUUGCCCCCAACCUCACCAGUGCUAUGGCCACUGCUGCAUCUGGGACCAGUCCUCUGGAGGCGGUGGGACAGAAGCUUCCGGAGUCGACCUUCAGCUACUCCCAAACUCAGUGCAUCCUGUACGCCCUGGGGGUGGGCAUGUCCACCAAGGAUGACGACCACCUCAAGUUCCUGUACGAGGGCCACGAGGACUUUACCUGUCUGCCCACCUUCGGGGUCAUACCCUCCCAGGCGGCCAUGAUGGACGGAGGGCUAGGUUCCGUGCCUGGACUUAACUUUGACUUCACCAGGUUGUUGCACGGAGAGCAGUAUCUGGAGCUUUUCAAACCAUUACCCACCUCUGGAACACUGACGUCUCAGGCUAGAAUCGCAGAUGUGUUAGACAAAGGAUCUGGCGCAGUCAUUCUCCUGGAUGUCCACACGUACAGUGGUAAAGAGCUGGUGUGUUACAACCAGUACUCUCUGUUCAUCGUGGGGGCUGGUGGCUUUGGAGGAAAGAGAACAUCUGAUAAAGCAAUGAGCACAGUGGCGCAUCCAAACAGAACUCCUGAUGCUGUGAUGACUGACACCACAACAAGGGACCAGGCUGCCUUGUAUCGUCUGAGUGGGGACUGGAACCCCCUCCACAUAGACCCCAGCUUUGCAGCAAUGGGAGGAUUCAAAUCCCCUAUUCUGCAUGGCCUGUGCUCCUUUGGGUUUGCAGCUAGGCAUGUGCUGAAGCAGUAUGCCAACAACGAUGCCUCCAGAUUCAAGUCCAUCAAGGUUCGCUUUGUAAAGCCAGUGCUACCAGGCCAGUCCCUACAGACUGAGAUGUGGAAAGAAGGAAACCGAAUUCACAUUCAGUGCAAAGUCAAAGAGAGCGGUGCUGUGGUUUUGUCAGGUGCCUAUGUGGACUUGCAUGCUGCUGCAGAUGGCUCCCCACAAAUUCUUCCUGAGGCAGGGGGACUCAAGAGUGAGCUGGUGUUUGCUGAGAUCGGCCGUCGCAUUAAGGACCUAGGGGCUGAGAUGGUGAAGAAGGUCAAUGCAGUGUUUGGCUGGGAGAUCACCAAGGGGGGAAACACUGCAGCCCAGUGGACCAUUGAUUUGAAAACUGGAGCUGGUGCCUUGCACAAGGGCCCAUACAGUGGCAAAACCGACGUGACCAUCACUGUAUCUGAUGAUGACUUCAUGGAAAUAGUGCAGGGAAAACUGAACCCUCAGAAGGCGUUCUUUGCAGGCAAGCUGAAAGUGCGAGGGAACGUCAUGCUGAGCCAGAAGCUGGAGGUGAUCCUCAAAGACUAUGCCAAACUUUGAGGUUGAGCCACUCAAUCAGUUAUCUAACUUGUUUCACCUGAGGUAGCAGCAUUAAUUGCCGAUGUGCAUAAAGAUGGCAGAAGUCAUUGUUUUAACACCAUCCGCUGAGUUUUUCAAAUUGCACCUCUUCUGUUGCACUAGAUUUCAAUGCAACAACCUAAAUGCGAGUUAAUGAUAAUUUGUCCAGUGAGUUAAUGCUAUUUCAACUAAUAGACACCUUACACUGAGAUCAUUUGUACUUUGACGCUGAUGAAAUGUAUAGCAAUGUUUAUUAAACAUCAACAGCUUUGAUGGUUAAGAAGAUAGUGCUGAUGUGCAAUUCUGAAUGUUAAGUCAGAUGAUGGGUGCAUGGGGCAAAUAAAUUACUGGGCUAUGCAGUAGGUGGGGCAAACUGUACAUGAACAACUGGUGAUGCUUGCUGUAUUCCAGGGCAAUGAAGAAAAGGCUAGCAGAACUUGUCUGCUACAUCUUCUCAUGAAAAUUGCAUUUGUGCUCCCAGAUUAGGCAUUGUUUUUUUUCUCAAGUGACCCUAAUGAAAUAAAACUGUAGCCAUAGUGCAACAUGCUACACUAAUUUCUAAUAAAUCUAAUGCACUUUCAUCAUGUGGCUUCUGACGGUGAUAAACUUUAAUCAAGGUUCCAAACAGACAUUAAGUUGCUUUAUUAUAUUACACUUGUAAAUCUGACUUAAUCGACAUAUUCAUAAAAUUAGCUUUCUGAGCAUAUUCACAGUGUAAAGGAAGAAAAACAUGGAACCCCUAUUGUAUAUGAUGGUUCUAGUUAAAUACUCAUCCCUUGUCUGCGAUAGCAUAUUACACUAAGCAAUUUGUAUAUCUCCUACGCCUUGUUGAUUAAAGAUUUUAUUCAAUGA